ACGUCAUUAUGUCAUUAUUGUCUUUGACUUUGGAGUUAGUGAUUCACCGCUAUUUCUUACCUUUUGCGAUUUCAUAAAUAUUCCAUCAUUCUGUGUUUUCUAUCCGUAGUCGGACCACUAAAAUCCAGUGCUAAAUAAAUAAAUAUUCACCAUGAGUCUCCAGUGGACCAUCAUCGCGACGUUUUUGUACGCCGAAAUAGGCAUCGUCUGUUUGCUCGCAUUGCCGAUCGCUAGUCCUUCGAAAUGGCAAAAGCUGUUCAGGUCAAAAUUCCUGGCUUAUAUAAGCGGACAAGCGUCUGUGUACUUCCUGAUCCUUAUCGGAGUGCUGGUGUUAUGCUUGCUCGACGCCAUUCGGGAGAUGCAGAAAUAUUCAAACAUCGAGAGCUCGGACCACCAGCACCUGGACGCCGAGAUGCAGGGUAACAUGCGUCUGUUCCGCGCUCAGAGAAACUUCUACAUCUCUGGCUUCGCCCUGUUUUUGCUAGUCGUGAUUCGCCGGCUGGUGCAGUUGAUUUCGGAAUUGGCUACUCUUUUGGCGCAAUCUGAGGCAAAUUUCCGACAGGCGCAGAGCGCGUCAGUGGCUGCGAGGUCACUGCUGGCCCAGGCGGGAGCCGGCGACGAGGCCACCAAGAAGCAGCUUGAGGACUACAAGGAUCAAAUCUCAGCUCUAGAGAAAGAACUUUCCAAAGAGAGAAAAGACAAGGAGGCUGUAAAGUCGCAGGCUGAAAGUCUGUCAAAGGAGUAUGACAGGCUCACGGAGGAACACAGCAAGCUGCAAAAGAAGCUCACAAUUAGUGGCGACAAGAAAGAUGAGUAAUUCUAAGAUUGUUGACUGUUCAAAGUCCAUUCUCAUUUGCUUAUCUAUGUAUUGCUAGAUUAUUGAUUGCAAACACUUUGACUUGCUUUAACUUUCUAGUGAGAUAUGAAACAACAUAAUACACUUUACUGAAUGAUUUGUGGACUUUGUGCCCAUGUAAGAAGGUUUAAGUAGGUUGUUAUUUAAAGAAACAUACUUCAGGGUUAUGUAUGUUUAUUGAAAGUUAGCAAGCAGUUAAAGUCUGUAAACAACAUUCUUCCAGCAUUGUAACAUCUUAAGUCAUGGCAAUUUAUUGGUCAUUCUAAUAUUUCUGUGAUUUUUCUGAGAAGUGCUAGUAGAUACUAAUUGAGAUUCUUGAACAAAAUGUUCGCUAAAGUUAUUCCAAAUGCAUCAUUAUACAUAUAUUAAUAGAAAUGUUAAGAUUGCAUAACUUUCUACUGCAAUUUUUACAAUUCUUUAUAAAAAAUAAAUCUCACUGUUAUUUUAGUAUGGUUCAACUAAGGUAUUCUUCUAUUUCAUUAUAAAAGAAGUAGAUUUCAAGAACAAACAUUUAAAGAGUAUUACUCACUAUUAAUAAAAAUAAUAAAAUUGCACAUGCCAGCACUACUGAAUAAACUUUUAAUUUUCUAUUCAAAGUGCCUAUAGAUUGAAGGUUUCUGAAGAUGUUUUAGGUAUGCUUAUUUUAGUAAUUUUUUUUAGUCAGCAUUUAAUUGUAGUUAUGUUUGAGAUUUAUACUUCCAUUGUUUCUGUUGUUUUUAGUAUGUAUAAGACAGCUUUGAAAGUAUAAUGAAUAAUAAUUUUUUAUAGUAACAUCCCAUGUCAUGUACAGUGAUUGGUACAGAGGGUUCCAUACAGCGGGAUUCCAAUAGAAAUUUGAAUAUGAACAUGAACAGACAUGACUCAAAUGCCACGAUCUUGUUCGAAGAAGUCUAUUGAGUGUUAUUAUAACUAAGAUUUUUUUUAAGAGUUUUUGGAUAAGAUCUCUCUCUACAUGGAAUCCCGCGAUGUGGCACCCUCCAUGCUGAUCAUUGGUAAUGUAUACAUAGUUAGGAGUCAAUUCCUAAAGGCCAUUUUUGUAUUAUCCCUCGGACUCAGUAUCUCAUAUCCACUAGCUGCCCAGCCGGGCUAGCACAUGAUUGGCAUGACAGUAUCUCGUGGCAAGAUAGACUUCCCAUCCCUCUUUAAUUAAUAUAGGUAGAAAAAGAUGGGUAGUCUCUCUCGCCGCGAGAUAUUGUCGCGCCAAUGAUGUGCUAGGCUUACAGAGGCCUAUAAGGGGUCACCCAUUCCAUUAUUUGAAUCUUUAUUUAACAUUUGUCUUUGCAAUAUUUGACGUGUGGGUGGCUAGAGUAUAUGAGAAUUAUAGUGGGUCCAAAAUUGUUUAUAACUUGAACUAUAUACUGCUAACAAGUUGGGUCUUGGCAGAAAACUAUAAAAUUAUAGUUAUCUAUCCAAAAGUGCCAGAUUAUUCCAUUAUUUGUUGGGACUUUGUCUAAUCCCUGAGUCAAUAAAGCAUGAGCUAAUUGUGUACUAACUUUAAGAUGAGACGAGAGUCCGAAAUCGAAAAAAGUCUAAUGGGCUAUGGUUAAUAGGUAUACUUUAAAUUAUGUAAAAAAAAUUCCAUAAUGUCAAUAUCCAGAGAGGAAAAUAGGGACUAUGUUUGUAUAGAGAACCGUUCUCCCCUUUCCUUUUAACCCUUUAGUGCAUUUCAUAAAAAAUAUUCGUUUAAAUUUGAACUUUAAUAGCUGUCAAUAGAGUUGAAUAUUAUUACUGCCAUAUAUGGCUUGGUAUGCAUUAGAGGCUUAACUUGUUGAAGUGUGUAAGUGCCAUUAUAAAUGUCAUAUUUUCAUAUUAAUUUGACGACACUUACACUCUAUCACUGCAAAGUCUGCAAAGUUAACUUUUUCCGGCUAUAAAACUUUGCAAUCUCUUACAAUAUUUUGUUAAAUGUUGUCCCUUUCUAACAAACAGAAAUGGCAAAAUGACGGAUAGGGACGAAAUAUUAUCAACGGUUUGUUAGAUUUGAUAGAUUUUUAUGAAUAACGCCAUUGAGUUUUUUAUUUAUUAAAAGCUUAUUUGUAUAUUAAUUGUUAAGUAGCCAUUAAAUACACUUAAGUGCAUUGAAGAUGGGUCACUUUAAAUGGAAAUCUGAAAUGGAAAUGGAAGUGAGCCAUUUUCUUCGCUUUUGUGUUGUAAUAGGCAAGGCGGUUAUCACACUCCCGUCGCAUGUCGUUGCGAAGUGCGAAGCGACGAAUUCUCGUGCGGCGACGACGGUACGAUUGUGCGGUUUUUUCCGUAGCUUCGUCCGAACUUGCGAUGCGCGACGAAUCGUGUUUACGAACAAAAAUCCGUACGAUACUAUGAAGCUCGGUGUGGCAACCCUGGGGCGCGCACCGCAUCUCCGUCCGAAAGCUCGAAUCGUCGUGCGACUCGCACUUCCGCACAGAGAGGCGUAGCCAAAUAGCCAAUGUAUACAUAUACCAAGCGGUUUUUGGAUACAAAUCGAGAUUCUACAGUACAAAGUUAAAGUAGCAUCGGACGUCGCUCCGAAGUGCGAAGCAGUGUGUGAUAAGUUGAUAACCACCUUAUCCUUGACCAGAGGGCCUACCGCGAACCACGUUCGACGUGUUGCCUCCCUGUCACACUUACGUACAAAUUUACAAGUGUGACAGAGAGGCAACACGUUGAACGUGGUUCGCGGUAGGCCCUCUGUUCCUUCCAAGCGCCCCAUGUAAAAUGAACACACCUAGCGUGUUCUUGGCAGUGAAUGUGUGAAGAUGUUUUUAAUGGCUUACCCAAUUAGAUGUGGUCCAAGGGAUAGGAAUAGCAUAUAGUAGGGAUUGUUUUUACUAAGUUUCUCUAACAGCUAUUGAUUGGUGUGUUGUUUUUUGGUUAUUAUAAUAAAAAUAUUUUUUAUUAUA